CUCGCGGAACAAACUCGAACUACCCACUUGAAGUUGCGUGCUUCUUUCUCGGAUCCUAUUGAAGCGUCAGGUUAUGUUGGGUGCACUCAGUAUUGAUAGAUUCAGUCCUCUGAUGCGAUACGAUCAAAAUAUUAUCAAUUAUAAAAAUUCCUGAAAGUUGUCGUGGGAACUGGCAUAGAAGAUCGGAGGAAACGAGGGAGAAGAAGCGGCAGAUGUUUAUAAGGAAAGAAGGGACGAAGAAGCAGAUGAUCGUAAGAAAAGAAGAGACGAAAUAUAUAACGCCGCAUGUUUAUGUCACACACACACACACUGUGCAUCUUCCAGCGAUCGAAGUGAACACACUGAGGAUUUAACUGUACGACGGUAUGAAAAUUAAAUCGAUUCGUCACUCUGAGACACGAUGACUCGCAUUUUCACGGUAGAAGUGUCGUAAAGGGGAAAAAAUGGGUAGCAUUAAAUUGGAUGUGCAAUGGUCCCCCGUUCAUCAGAACAAAUUCAUCACAUGGGGCACCGAGAUCAAUCUGUACGAAGUCGUACCUCUGGAAGAUAACUUUGAGCAAUCUUGUCUAAAGAUCUCGGAUCACUCUGUCGCUCAUCUCCUCGCUACCAAUACCAGCAAUCACUAUGUCAAGUGUAUCGAUAUAUAUCCCGAACAAGAUCCUGAUAUCUUGUUAGCGAUUGGUCAAGCAAACGGAAAGGUGAUUCUGAGCACCUUCGGCCCUACGGCGUACGAUUCCCUGGGUUUUACCGGAAGGGAAUUUGUGCCGAAACACGCGAGGCCGUGUAACGUGGUUGCGUGGAAUCCCGUGGACAAACACCUCGUCUUAUCCGGCUUGGACAAACACAGUAAAGAUCAUUCUGUGCUGUUGUGGGAUAUAGAUAAAAGCCCGCAGUGCUCGGAACGAAUGCAUCAUCAUGGCGGCAAUCAAAUGGAUUGCAUCAGACCGAUAGCAGAAUUGGGUGUGUCGGAAACCAUACAUUCCGCCGCUUGGUUCAAACACGAUCCGAAGUGCCUAGUUCUCGGCGCUAAUAACAAACAGCUGAAGACUCUCGACUUCAGAGAUUCCGCCAAAGUCACCAGCGUCACUCCUACGAAGGCUGUUUACAAUGUGUCGGUGAACCCCUAUCACACUCAUCAUCUGGUGUCACACGUUGACAAUCAAAUCACUAUGUGGGACACCCGGUUUUUCGACAAACCUGUCCUCACUCUGGUGCAACCGAGGCAGAUAACGAAGGUAUUGUGGUGCCCGACCAGGCGCAAUCUUCUCGGCGCAUUGCAGAAAGAUUCAGGAGCGUUACAUCUGUAUGACAUACAGAACAGUGGGGGGGAAGAUACCGAGCCUGGUGUCCUGGAGAGGGCGGUCGUACCGUCCUGGCAUAUUCCCGUGAAUUUUUCGUGGCAUCCGACGCAUGUGAACCGAUUACUGGCAAUAUCGCAACAAGGCAUAACCGACUACACCGUGUGGGAGAGGAUAACAGUUAGCUGGUCUUCCGGGUCGCGCCUCACGUGGAAUCAUGCCUUCAAAUCGUUGAAAUACGUACACAGCGAGGACAAUACGUACAAGGCGCUGGACGACAUCGCGAUUUUGACCAAGAAACGUGCCAAUGCGGAAUAUGGCUUGCUUCCGGAUUUGGCGCAAAACGGCGAAAUAGCCGAGAACGAGACUCUAAAGCACCUGUGGCAAUGGUUGUACCUGAGCGGCGCCUUGGUGGAGGACGGCACCAUCCACAGCGUCGACAACAAGCAUCCCGGUAUAAGAACAGUUCUGAAAUUAGACGGUCAGCAGAACCCGGUCAACGGUUUCUUAAAGUCCGAGCUGAUUCACCGCUCGUGGACGGACAUAGGCUCCAAUCACACGGCUAAGAUCUACAGAUCCGCCGACAGAGACAAGAGUCUUCUGCUGUGCGGCCUGCGAUUCGACAAAGAGACCAACGGGCUGUACGACAACACAUAUCUGGAAGGGCUGGAGAGGGAGGGCUUGUACGCGAGAGCAGCGGCGCUCGCGGUGUUCAAUCUCUGCCUCAGGCAGGCGAUCGAGAUUCUGAACCGAGGCGCCAGCAAGCUGUCGAUGACCGCCAGCCUGGAUAUCGUCGCAAUGGCGCUGUCGGGAUUCUCCGAGGAUCGCAAUAGCAUGUGGAGGGAGUCGUGUCUGAAGUCCAGGUCUCAAUUGCCGGAUCCUUACCUAAGGGCGACCUUCGCCUUCCUUACUGCGGACAACGAUUCCUACGAGAACGUACUUAACGAAGGCGGCAUGGCUGUCGAGGAUCGAGUGGCGUUCGCCCUCAUGUUCUUGUCGGACGGCAAACUGCACGACUACUUGAAGAGACUGACCCAGAAAUUGACCGAAGAGGGAAAUCUCGCGGGCUUCUUGCUUACAGGUGCGAGUACGGAAGGUAUACAGUUGUUAAAUAGGUACUUAGAAAUCACCGGGGACGCCCAGAGUUGCAGUCUAAUCGCCAUUCGAGCUUUAACGCCUAAAUUGCUUCAGGAGAAUCAAGUUCAAGUGUGGAUCGCUAAUUACAGGAAUCUUUUGGACGCGUGGAAAAUGUGGAACCAAAGAGCUCAAUUCGACAUCGCAAUGAGGUCCUCGACGAACGAGAGCCCGCCGCAACAGAUAUACGUUUCGUGCAAUUUCUGCGGCAAGAGCAUCGCGGCUUUCAUGCAGGGUCUGAGCAGGGCGAGAGCUCCGUUCGGUAGGCUAGGCAGCACCUCGAACAAAUUGAAAAUGUCGGCCUGCCCGAAUUGCCGCAAACCUUUGCCGCGCUGCGCGAUAUGUUUGAUGUACAUGGGCACCGUCAGCGGGUUGACCACCUCCAAUGUCAACCGUAGCGAGGACUGUGAUAGCAAGCUCACGGAAUUCAACAAUUGGUUUACAUGGUGCCAAACGUGCAAACACGGGGGACACGCUGAGCAUAUAACUCAAUGGUUUCGACAACAUUCUGAAUGCCCAGUUACAUCUUGCACCUGCCGUUGUUUAUCAUUGGAUACGUCAGCGAAAUAAAGAGACAGAACAUGCAGACAGAAAUUCUCUCAUAUUUCCGUACAAAGAUGGCAAUGGCUCUUUCAUGAUUUCAGGAAUUCUUGUAAUUUGUAUACUUAUCGGGUGUACUUAUACACGCUUCAUGUACAGAGAAAGGAAUUAUGUUUCUGAUGAUUUUCUUCACAACAGCAUUUCUUUUUUGUUAUAACGGAAAGCAUGCCAGUAUGUUUAAUGGAAUGUAAAAAUGUAAACAAUGAAGACAGUAAAUAAUUUUCACAUA